AUGGGCUUUCGUCAUGCCCGAGUGAGCACAAGCACCAAGCAAGUUCACAAACGUGAUGUAAUCGGGCUUUACCGUCUUUUCCGACUCCAUUUUCUUGAAAAGCUCGACCGCAUCUUUUCCUCGGCCGUGCAUUGCGAACCCACCAAUCAUACAGUUCCAAGACGAAAUUCCUUUACUCGGCAACUCACGGAAAAUUUCGCGGGCUUUUUCGAUACGCCCGCAUUUACAGAACGCGUCGAUUAUAGUCGUGGCCAGCUUGUGGUCGAUGUGGACCCCACGUCUCUUUAUGUGCUCGUAAAUCGACUCGGCCCGUUUCAACGCGCCGAGGCCCGUGCAAGCCGAUAG